CCGUGUUGCUGAACCGCAGCCUUUAGCUCAUACUGCUGUAAAACUCGUUGCCUAUUUUCCCCCACGAGCAGGGCGUGGAAGUAAAGGGACCGGAGGUUUACAGCUACCGGAGCUGCAUCAUUCGAGAAGGUCACGUACGACGUAACGCUGCAGUGUAUGUUUUUUCGGUGUGGUUCGCGUUUUCGAUGUACCAGCGAGACGCGAUUCGAUUAUAGUCGAUAAAAGGCAAUCGUCGCCGCACGACGUCUCUUGAAACGGUCCGGAAAAGAGCCGUGUCGUGUAUAGAUUUGUGCGGUCGCUGUUGUUGGUGCACCCGGAGCAGAUGCACCACGACAUAAACAGAAGGUGUCGACGGUUCCCCCUUCCUUCCUAAGCAGUAGCGGCCACCCACGCAAGCGCAACACCAUCGACUGUACUGCAACACCGUCCAACUUCCUUCGGGGCAGUUCGAAUCGUGACCCACAUAUCGUGCAAGAAAAGCGUGUGCUUGUGCUUUCAGGAAAAUUCCCGAAUAAAAAGCCAUUUUUUAAUCGGGGUCCCAUAAAUCAUUACCAAUACGGCCUAACAAUGGCCGCUUCGAUGCACGAUAAAAACGGAAAACCGUUCCACAACGGUAAUGGAACAUCUGCACCUGCGGUCGGCGCUUGGUACGGGAACGGUUUACUCGAGGACGAUACGGGAGUGCAGCGCCCCAGGAGGCUUUCCUUCAACGGUUCCGACAUGGAGCUGUCCGACCUGAAAGCGGCCGCCGUCGGCAACAACAUCCACAGCGAGUCGACGACGGAGAAGAAAAUCGAGCCGAUGCAAAUGGUUGGUCUGUUGGCAAUUGCAACGACGCUUGCGGUUUCCAUCAAGUAUCUGCUUUCGUCAUUCGAUUUCGCAUUCUUCCGUUCCGUUGCUACUCACAGCACCAGAAUGGCCACCCAAGUGUGGCAGGAGUUUGUGGGACGUUUGGCACACCUCAGCCCAUCGUCCACGGUCUGGAGUUUCGAGAGAAUGGUCCCGCAAGCGGAAAAUGCUGCCCAUGCAAUGUUCGCGGCCGCUUUCGGGCUGCUUGUUGCCUCCUUCACCUGGUACGUGAUCUACCUGGACAGCAGCAUUCCCGGUGUAAACCCACCGACUCCGUUUUCCGCCUCCAAGAAACGAUACCGAGGUGGUAUCUCGCAGGCGAAAGAACGAAGGUUCCACCUGGGAUACGUAACGGCCAUGGUGAGCGGUGUGGUGGCAUUCCUGAUCUUUCUCUUCGAAUAGAUUUCGAUCGGGAUAGUUUAGGUCGAUCGGUCGGAUCGGUACUCGGAUAUUUUCCCUUCCAUAAAGUGCCUCAUACAAAGCCGACUUGCAGCUGGACCUGGAAGUGUCCAAUCAUGGUUUACAUUUCAUGGAUAGAAAACGAACGUAUUCUAACCGGCGCGCUCUUACACAUCAUCAUAUUUAUUUUAUUUAGGUUUACAAACUAACGCUUUUUGUGUGUUAUUACGUUGCAGUAAUGGAAUGGGGGUAAAUAUUGUACACAAUUUACUACUCCUGUGUGUAGAAACUAAAGUUUAUUCAAUAUCCUUUUUUCUUUUAUCAUCAUUUAGAUUCAUUUUGUAAAUAAUAUUUUGUUAGUAACUAUCACGGGUCUAUUUCAUUGGCCAUUAUUAAUCCUCUACCUUUUUUAUUAUGAGGCAAACCAUUUUCUAGUUUAUAUUUUACCAUGGCCUUAGUACAAAUAUACUUAUUUGUGAGUUAGUUUUAUGCAGUUUAAAUAAUGAAAAAUAAAUAGCAAGUUCGGAUGUGAAAGUGAAACACAUCAAGCCUUCUCACUGAC